CCUUCCGCCAGGCAUGUGACGAGAGGCAGGUUACAACAUCGGAAAACUCCCAACAACUCAGUCCCGACUCCAACUUGCUUACACGUCCCGGUCAAUGGGGCUGGACAGGUUCUGCAGCCCGGACGGUUCCGACCAGUUCUGGGAUUGGAACCGCUCAUGGAAUACUUCAAACCCAUACUUCACACAGUGCUUCCAGAACACUGUCCUGGUGUGGCUGCCAUGCCUUUACCUCUGGCUGUGUGCCCCCAUCUACCUCAUUUACCUCCGUAGCCAUAACCACGGCUACAUAUGUAUGAGUCACCUUAACAAAGCCAAAACUGCUGUAGGCUUUCUCCUGUGGCUUAUCUGCUGGGCAGAUGUUUUCUAUUCUUUCUGGGAAAGAAAUUCUGGCAGUGGGGUUCCUGCGGCUGUCCACCUCGUUAGUCCUACCAUACUGGGCUUCACCAUGCUGCUGGCCACCCUGCUGAUUCAAUAUGAACGAAUGAAAGGGGUUCAGUCGUCCGGAGUGUUGCUGGUUUUUUGGUUUUUGGCCUUGUUCUGCGCCACUGUGACCUUCUAUUCUAAGGUCCUCCAAGCCCUCGACCAGCCGUCUGCUAUUUGUGUGUGGAGAUACACAACCUUCUUUGUGUAUUACACCUUGCUGAUGAUUGCACUGAUCUUGUCCUGCUUGUCAGACCAGCCUCCCCUCUUCUCCAAAGUCGUGAAGGACUCGAAUCCUUGCCCAGAGCCAGGAGCGUCUUUCCUUUCCAAAAUAACAUUCUGGUGGAUCACCAGGAUGAUGAUGAGGGGCUACAGGCAUCCCCUGGAGGAGAAGGACUUGUGGUCCUUGAACCCUGAAGACUGUUCUCAGAAAGUGGUACCAAGGCUGGUCCAUUGCUGGAACACAGAGUGUCAAAAGGGCAAAAGCACAGAGCAGAAGACCAUGUACUCUCCCAAGCGGGCCCGUAACCAUGACAACAAGGAUAGUCAAAGUGUGGAGGAGUCGGAAAUUCUACUGAUUAAAAAAACACAAAGAAAAGAGCCGUCCCUGCUGUGGGCACUUUGCUUGACCUUUGGGCCGUAUUUCCUCAUCUCCUGCUUCUAUAAGUUCAUCCAAGACAUUCUCAUGUUCGUUGGCCCAGAGAUCCUCCGGCUGCUGAUCCGGUUUGUCAACAAUUCUAGCGCCCCCUCCUGGCAUGGCUUCUUCUACACAGCUCUGCUCUUCCUAUGUAACUGUGUGCAGUCACUCAUCCUCCAGAGGUACUUUCACAUCUGCUUCGUGUCAGGCAUGCGUCUCCGCACUGCCGUCGUUGGAGCCGUCUACAGGAAGGCCCUGGUUAUCAGCAGUGCUGCACGCCGCACUUCCACAGUGGGGGAGAUCGUCAACUUGAUGUCAGUGGACGCUCAGCGCUUCAUGGACCUCAUUGCUUAUAUCAACAUGGUAUGGUCCGCCCCCCUGCAGGUGGUGCUGGCGCUGUACUUUCUCUGGCAGAACCUGGGCCCAUCUGUUCUAGCUGGAGUGGCUGUGAUGAUUCUCAUGGUUCCUAUUAAUGCCUUUAUUGCCAUGAAAACCAAAACCUACCAGGUCGCACAGAUGAAGAGUAAAGACAAUCGCAUUAAGCUGAUGAAUGAGAUGCUUAACGGCAUCAAGGUGUUGAAGCUGUAUGCCUGGGAGCUUGCCUUCAAGGGAAAGGUGUCAGAUAUCCGGGAAAGUGAGCUAAAGGUGCUGAAAAAAGCUGCCUACCUUGGCGCAGUGUCUACCUUCACCUGGGUCUGUGCACCCUUUUUGGUUGCCUUGUCCACUUUUGCUGUGUAUGUGCUGGUGGAUGAACACAAUGUGCUUGAUGCCCAGAAGGCUUUUGUCUCACUGGCGCUCUUCAAUAUCCUGCGUUUUCCUCUCAACAUGUUGCCUAUGGUCAUCAGUAGCAUGGUGCAGGCGAGCGUCUCCUUGAAGCGAUUGAGGGUCUUUCUAUCACACGAGGAGCUACAGGAGGACAGUGUGCAACGCAAAACAAUACCUGGCUCCUCAACGAGUAUAUCCAUCGUGGAUGGAACGUUCAGUUGGUCUAGAGCAGAAUCUCCAACACUAAAGAGGCUGAAUGUGUGUAUCCCAGAAGGGUCCAUCGUAGCCAUUGUGGGACACGUCGGGUCUGGAAAGUCAUCUCUGCUGUCUGCGCUGCUCGGGGAGAUGGAAAAAAUUGAAGGAAGCGUGGCUGUUAAGGGUUCAGUUGCUUACGUUCCCCAGCAGGCCUGGAUACAGAAUUCCACACUGAAAGAAAACAUCAUAUUUGGCCAGGAGACAAUUGAAAAUUGGUAUCAACGUGUGGUGACAGCUUGUGCUCUUCAACCUGACCUUGAGAUGCUGCCUGCCGGAGAUGGAACAGAGAUUGGAGAAAAGGGUGUCAAUCUGUCUGGCGGUCAGAAGCAGAGGGUGAGCCUGGCGAGGGCUGUUUACUGUGACCGCUCUGUCUACCUGCUAGAUGACCCUCUGUCUGCUGUUGACGCUCAUGUAGGAAAGCACCUAUUUGACCAAGUCAUUGGCCCACAGGGCUUGCUGAAGGACAAGACCCGUGUACUGGUGACUCAUGGGCUGAGCUACCUUCCCCAAGUUGACCUGAUCCUGGUCAUGGUGGAUGGAGAAAUCACAGAGGCAGGCUCAUACCAACAGCUUAUGGACACUUCAGGUGCCUUUUCUGAGUUUCUGCAUACGUACGCUGGGGUCGAGCAUGCAGACAACAAUGAAACUGAGCCCAAAACAGGAUCCAGAGGAAUGGAAAAUGGCAGCGUAACUGGUCUUUCUGGUCCUGUUCAAAGCAGCAGUACCUCCAAACUGUCCCAGCCAGCCAAAGAGAAAGAGGAGCUCGACAAAAAGGAUAAGAAUGCGGAUGUGGGCAAGCUGACUGAGGCUGACAAGGCCAGCACUGGACGGGUCAAGCUGUCUGUGUUCUGGGCCUAUUUUAAAGCUAUUGGCUGUCUGUCCUUCAUCAGCAUGCUGCUGUUUUUUGCCUAUAACCUGCUUUCGCUGUUUUCUAAUUAUUGGCUCAGUCUCUGGACUGACGACCCUGUGGUGAAUGGCACCCAGCCCAAUAGACAACUGAGACUGGGGGUCUACGGAGCUCUCGGCCUAUCCCAGGGCGUGGCAGUUUUUGGCUACUCUCUGUCCAUGUCCAUCGGGGGCAUCCUGGCGUCUCGCUAUCUUCAUCAGUCCAUGCUCUACGACGUCCUCCGCUCGCCCAUGUCCUUUUUCGAGCGGACCCCCAGCGGCAACCUUGUCAACCGCUUUGCCAAGGAGAUAGACACCAUUGACACUGUCAUCCCCAGUAUUCUUAAAAUGUUCCUGGGCUCCCUGUUCAACGUGUUGGGCUCUUCUGUUGUCAUCCUGAUUGCGACACCAUUUGUGGCGAUUGUCAUUCCUUUCCUUGGACUGCUCUACUUUUUUGUGCAGAGGUUUUACGUGGCAUCCUCACGCCAGCUUAAGCGCCUGGAGUCGGUCAGCCGGUCGCCCAUCUACACCCACUUUAAUGAAACACUACUGGGCACGUCUGUCAUCAGAGCUUUUGGGGAACAAAAGCGCUUCAUCCAAGAGAGCGACCAGAGGGUUGACUACAACCAGAAGGCCUACUACCCAAGCAUUGUGGCAAACAGAUGGCUGGCAAUUCGUCUGGAGUUUGUUGGCAACUGCAUUGUGUCAUCUUCAGCCUUGUUUGCUGUCAUAGCCAGAGAGAACCUCAGCCCAGGUAUAAUGGGUUUGUCAAUCUCCUACGCCCUUCAGUUGACAACCUCUCUUACCUGGCUGGUCAGGAUGUCUUCUGAGGUGGAGACCAACAUAGUGGCUGUGGAGAGAGUGAAAGAGUACAGUGACACAGAGAAAGAGGCUGAGUGGAGGCACGAGCCAUCCAGCCUUGAUCCCGGCUGGCCCACUGAAGGAUGCAUCACCUUUAAAGGCUUUGGCCUGCGAUACCGCCACGAUCUGGACCUGGCCAUCCGCAACAUCACUGCCAGCAUCAAGGGCGGAGAGAAGGUGGGAAUUGUGGGACGCACUGGAGCGGGAAAGUCGUCCCUAACGUUGGGGCUUUUCAGGAUGAUCGAGGCAGCUGAGGGACAAAUUUUCAUUGACGGGGUGAACAUUUCUGAACUGGGCCUUCAUGAGCUGCGCUCCAGAAUCACCAUUAUACCACAGGACCCAGUGCUGUUUUCAGGCUCUCUGAGGAUGAACUUGGACCCGUUCGACACCUACUCUGAUGACGAAAUAUGGAAAGCGCUGGAGUUCUCGCAUCUGAAAAACUUUGUGUCCGGCCUGCCAGACAAACUCAGCCAUGAGUGCAGUGAAGGGGGAGAGAAUCUCAGCGUGGGUCAGCGACAACUGCUUUGCCUGGCCAGAGCAUUGCUCAGAAAGACCAAGGUUCUGGUCUUAGACGAGGCCACAGCUGCUGUGGACAUGGAGACUGACAACCUGAUCCAAACAACCAUCCGCUCUCAGUUUGACGAAUGCACUGUCCUUACCAUUGCUCAUCGCCUGAACACCAUCAUGGACUACACAAGGGUGCUGGUUUUGGACAAAGGCGAGAUGAUCGAAUUCGACUCCCCAUCCAGUCUCAUCGCUCAGAGGGGAGCCUUCUACGACAUGGCCAAGGAUUCUGGGCUGGCCUGAUGCUUUGUGACGCCAUCCAUCUAAACCCUUAUAUCAUGGCAUUAUGUAUGUGCUUUAAUUUUCCUCUGGAACAAAAAAAAAAAUCAGCAAUCCUGCCUGCUGCUCAGACUGCCUGCAAGCUGAGAGAACACUUCUUAGGUUGCAACUUCAAAGAUGGCAUACCUAUAAUAUUUUAUUAAGAGUCGAUGUUCUGUUAUCAACAAUAGCCAUUAUUUAGCUUUAUUUGUUAAAGUUGCUGGGGUGCAUAUAUGUAUGUCCUGGCCUAGUGUGCUGCCAAUGGCCACACUGUCCUUUUUACAAGAAAAGAUUGUAUUUUAUUUGGUUGUUGCUCGUGCAAAGCCUGUGGAGAUUGAAUAAAGAAUAUUAGUUACACAUGUAUUAUUACAGAGUAAAUAGUUGUUUUUGUUGUAUAUGUUAUCUGUUUUGAAUAAAUGCAAUGUUUGUUUACA